CAUUGCUUUUCCAUCUUCAAAUCCGAGCAUGGGGCUGCUGAAUUCGACGUGGUAAAUACUCACUCGAAGCGAAUACGACCAAUUAUUAUCAUUCCCUCACCCCUCCCUCACUAUGGCCAUGGCUUCACCAACACCAAUGGGCGCAUCCCAUUUUACAUCGCUCUCCAGACGUCCCUCUUCACGACAAGCAUACAGGCAAAUUCCCUCGCGACCUCAAUUGCAUCGCAGCGACUCAGUACCUGUCGAGAGCCAUGCGCGAACCUAUUCUCUGAACGAUAGCUCCGAUGAUGAGAUAGCUCCACCGAUGAGCUCAGCCCUAACAAAUGCUUUGCUUAAUGCCGCAACCCCUUCGGUGGACGAAUCACCCAUAACAAAGGCGCGGAUAUCACCGGGACGGAAUGCGAACGGAAUUUUUCAUGGAAGGGCAGCAAGUGUCAACACAGUUCCAGACAGGAUAUCACCCAAUGGCACCAGGGUUCACAGCCCGUAUCCUCGAAGAAUUGUACGAUUAAGUGGCACGCCUGGCUCGUCAACUCUACGCAGAACGUCGUCAUUAUCAAGUGCGGUUCGAAAGCAUAACGAGAUAGCUCCAGUGAAGGCUGAAAGCCCAUUGGACCUAAGUACUCCGGCGCCAGUUCCAAGAACUGUUAGGAUAACUACUACUUCGUCUGGGAAUCACGGAAUAUCUGCUGGGUCGUCUGGAAGGCUGUCAAGCAGGACGGACUCGGCUUCAAGGAAUGAGGAGGCAUCGCCAGGAUCCCAAGAAUAUCCAACAACAGCCGCCAGGUCAAAUUUAGCUACGAGCCAAGGGAGUGUUUCCAGAUAUGGUACCGUAGGACGUACAAGAUAUGGUGAAGAGGCGGGACUACAAAGCUCAAUGCGAGUUAAGAGAGUGGUGAAAGUGGCGGGACAGUUUAUGAAAGGGCCUGCGCGAAGAGGAAGGAGAAGGAUGGAAGAUGAGGACCAAAGCCCAGUAGAUGAGCAGGGUGACGGUUUGGAUGCUGCAGGGUCAAGCCAAGAGCCUCAAAAUCCGGGAUCACAAACAUCAGAACCACAGAAUCAAGAUUCAGGAUCAGGUCGAGAAUCAGAUGCGAAAGCUGGAUCAUUCUUCGCCUCCAGCUAUAAAGACUUUGCAUCCGGGAGUCCUAUAAGUUCCAAAGAUAUAAUCGAUUCGGUAUUACGGUCAAAAUCACCUCCACCUCCCACAUUGGCCAGCUCUCAAAAGUCAGGAGAGUCGAAUAGUCGAGCAGCUCCACAGCUAGCUCAACCAGUAUUCAAAGUACCAGCCCCCAGGCCAGACUUACCUUCAGCGCACGAUCAGGAAAAUGAAGCUCCUCCAACUUUUAAACGGAAUAAACAAACACCUUUGAUACUUAUGGACAAGAUAGAAAAGGUGCCCGUCCGUCCUGAGAGCAUGGAUCUCGACGUUUUGCGUGCCGCAACUCCUUCAGAUCGAAGGCCUUUAGCGCCCAGAAGUCAAAACACGCCUCGAAGACCGGCACCACCUCCUCCCAAGAUGUCAAUUCUCGAUGCGGCGACUAGUACGGCUGGAGCAGCAACUGCGUCGAAUGCGGGUGGGAAGAAAAACAGGCUACGAGUCAAUGGCAAGCACUUCACAAGACUCGAUUGUAUUGGUCGCGGCGGAAGCUCGAGAGUUUACCGAGUCAUGGCAGAGAACUCGAAAUUCUUUGCUUUGAAGAGAGUCUCGUUGGACGAUGCCGAUGAGGCAGCAGUCAGGGGCUUUAAGGGGGAAAUCGAUUUGCUCAAAAAACUGGAGGGAGUGGAAAGAGUCAUUCGUCUAUAUGACUACGAGCUGAAUGAAGACAAGGGGACUCUGAGUGUUCUGAUGGAAAUGGGAGAGCUCGAUAUGAACAAGAUCUUGGACCUCCGGAGGAACGCGGAUGACGCCAAAUUCGAUGCCAGCUUUGUCCGACAUUAUUGGAAGGAGAUGCUCGAAUGUUUACAAGCUAUCCACGAACACGACAUCGUUCAUUCCGACUUGAAGCCACAUAAUUUCGUUCUCGUCCAAGGUCGCUUAAAACUGAUCGAUUUCGGAAUCGCCAACGCGAUUCAAACCGAUGAAACUGUCAAUGUUCACCGAGAGACGCAAAUUGGAACACCAAAUUACAUGUCACCCGAAUCACUAAUGGACUCCAACGCUAAGCCGGACUCGAGAGGACGAAUUUCAAAUGAGCCGAAACUCAUGAAGCUCGGCAAACCAUCCGAUAUCUGGAGUUUGGGAUGCAUCCUCUAUCAAAUGGUGUAUGGACGAGCACCAUUUGCCCAUAUUCAGAAUCAAAUGCAGCGUUGCCAAGCAAUCAUCAACUUUAACUACGAGAUCGAAUAUCCUUCGGUAGGCCUGGGCUCCGUGCCAGUGCCUGCAUCCCUCAUCAAAACGCUCAAAAAGUGUUUGAGCAGAGAUCAGUUUCAACGACCGUCGGCAACUCAGUUACUCAGUGAUAAAGACCCGUUUCUAAACCCUGUCGAGUGGGACGACAAUGCUCUACCCAUCACUGAGGAGCUGUUGGGCAGAAUACUCAUAACUGUAGCAGCGAAGAUCAAGCAAGCGAAUCCCACCGAAGCAGAGUUGUUAAAAGUCUGGCCACAAGGCUACUUCGAUCGGCUGAAAAAGAACAUGGCGGCAGGAAGACCACUGUAGAAUAUACCACCCUGUUGGGUGAUUGUGCGAGUCUCUUUGGAUAAAUGAGACCGAAGGAGAGGAGAGUGAGUUUUGCAUCUGUGGUUAGCGUGAGGCGUUUUUCAGUUAUUGAGGCAUGGAUACCAUCUUUAUUAAAACAGAGCGCUCUGUUUUUUUCUUAGCUUGACUUGACUUGUAGAAAUUAGGGAGUGGGACGUGUCUGGAUUGUCAAGCAAUUGAGAUCCUUAUUUGUUUCGUUGAUUAUUGUUUCUGUUGAUGUGAGGACAUUUGAAUGAGGUCCGCCUAAUUUCUUGGGACAUUCUGAACUCGAG